GAGGCGCAUUAUUUGGCAACAGACGCGGCAGUGGGGAGGGCCGAAAAAAAGAGGAUAUCCCCUGGAUUUCAAAAAAGCAACGAUUUAUCGAGGUUAACUGCAGAUUAAACAUUCCUUGGUCGACCAUCGGUGAAGAACGGGCGACAAAGCGACCGAGGGAUGUCUGAGGAGGCUGUCCGCCAGACUCGCAGCCAAAAGAGGGCGCUGGAAAGGGAGGUCACGCCUCAGUCUGCAGAACCCUCCAAUGCUGAGAAUGAAAGCAAAAAGCCUAAAUUGGACCCCUCUGAAUCCACAACACAGGCACAAACUACACCUAAUUCUGAUUCUGAACAGACAGAGGAUGGGCAGAGUCAGACUAGGAGUGGAUCAGACCAGGAGAAGGAGCAGGAGGACAAGCAGAGUCGGUCGCCAUUAUCUUUAGUUUUACCUUUGGCGUCUCAGCCGGUGAAGGAUGACCGGGAGCGGGCCGAGAGGCAACAGACGGCCGAAACCAGCUCAGACAAUCGGACUGAGUGCAAUGACAGAGCCAGCCGGGGGAAGACAGAGACGGCCAUGGAUACAAGGAGCCGGGUCCGAUUGACAGAUCCAAAGGCGUCUAGUGACGUUUUGGCUGCAGGCGAAGUGAAGGCCACCAUUAAAGUAGAAGUUCAGACGGGAGAGCAACCUGUGGACAUGACCACUUCUAGAGGUAUAAAAAGAGAGAAGCGCCCUCCAUCCCCUGAAGAUGACGAUGUCAUCAUCCUGUCAGAUAACGACUCCCCAAGUCCUCCGAUGAACGGCUUGAGCCACUUUAAGGAGCUGGACACAGACCUGCUAAUGAAGAGCAGCCCAGCGGAGAGGGAGCGCAUCAUUAAGCAGCUGAAGGAAGAGCUGAGGCUGGAGGAGGCCAAGCUGGUGCUGCUGAAGAAACUCAGACAGAGCCAGAUACAGAGGGACACUCUGCAGAAGCCCUCAGGUGUGUCCAGCUCCUCUGCUCCUCCUCCUCUAAUUCGGGGAACGAUUGCAGGCAAUAAAGGCUCACAGCAGAUUUUGACAGGCAGGAGUUCAGGCACAGUUAUCCCACCGCCACUGGUGAGAGGAGGACAGCAGGUGUCGUCGAAACAUGGCUCCCAGAUUAUCAUGCCGCCUCUGGUCAGGGGGGCACAGCCCAUCUCUGUAUCUCCACAGCAGAUCCAGGCUCUCCGUCAGCAACAGCAGCAGCAGUUGGUUGCAUCUGGUAGCUCAGGCUCAGGACCUCCUCCGCUGCUGCUGGGUCCCAGGACCUCGGCCCCUGCAUCCCAGGGCCAAAGAGGCAUGGUCCAGCCAGGCCUCAUCAGAGUCGGCAGUAGUGCUAAUGCACUGGUCAGUAUUUCAAAGGCCUCUCCAUCCAGUUUGAAGGGCUCUGCCUCAGGAAGCAGCGGUGUGUCUGUGGUCAGUGUCAAUGACUCUCCAGCCAGCCGCCAAGCUGCAGCUAAACUGGCCCUGAGGAAACAACUGGAGAAGACCCUCUUGGAGAUUCCCCCGCCCAAGCCCCCGGCCCCAGAGUUUAACUUUCUGCCCUCAGCUGCCAAUAAUGAGUUUAUCUACCUGGUAGGGCUGGAAGAAGUGGUGCAGAAUCUGCUGGAUACCAUCCACAGAGGAAAGAUUGGUGUACCACUGUCAAAGGCCAUUCUCCGAGAGCCUUUUGUGUGCACCCAGUGCAACACUGACUUCACCUGCCGCUGGAGGCAGGACAAGAGUAAAGGCGGUGUGGUCCUCUGUGAAGACUGCAUGUCCUCCAAUCAGAAAAAGGUUUUGAAAGCCGAGCAUACCAAUAGGCUGAAAGCUGCAUUUGUCAAAGCACUGCAACAAGAGCAGGAAAUAGAGCAGCGUAUUAUUCAGCAGACAUCCUCAUCAGUCUCCCACAGUAGCUCUUCAUCCUCAUCUGCCUCUUCAUCAAUGAAGGCAGAGCACCUGGUGUCCCAGCAGCUGAAACAGGCUCAGGCCAGAGUGUCAUCUCUGCAGCAGCACCACCACCAGGCCAGCCGAGGAGCCAACAUUGUUCAUCAUCACUCCAUCAAGCAGAGCUCCCAGGGCCAGCUGUCCCACAGUGGUGUGUCAUCAGUGGGAGUGAGGGGUGUUUCCCACUCCUUCUCUUCUUCCUCCCAGCUGCAGAGUGCAGUGGCAGCAGCCGCUUUGGUCAGCCGGCCAGGUAAGCAUGCCCGUGUUUCUCACCACUCUGUGCAGAGUUCAAAGGUGAGCAGCAGUGGAAUCGUCGGCGGCAGGAAUGUCAUCGGAGGUAGUGCCUCAUCCACUGCAUGGAAGAAGCAGAGCAACAACAACACAGGAGUGACUAUGGCCUAUGUGAACCCCAGCCUCACAGGUCACAAGACCGCAGCCACCGUUGACGCUCGUCAGAGGGAGUACCUGCUGGACAUGAUCCCCUCACGCUCGUCAAUCUCCCAGACAGCAAAUACAUGGAAAUAAUGGAAACAGCACUCUACUGUUAAUUAUUAGUUUUUUGAUCCUCAGUUCCAAUAUUGUCAACAGCACCCCCAGAGGACUAUUAAGCAAAUACAAUCUCUCAAAGUGACGUUCCUUGCUCACCUUUGUAUGAUUGUUAUUUAGGCUUUUUUUUUUCUUUUUUUUUUCUGUUGUUCAUUACCCUGCCUCCCGAAGGGAAGGCAAGAGGUAUUGUUUUGAGGUUUGUUAUUCUUUGGUUACUGUGCAGAAACCAUUUGAUUUGACUGUGGCAAAGAAAACACAAAUACUUGAAGGGCUUCCCCCGGAGUACUUUGCUCUCCAGAUUGGGUCAUUAAUUGAUGGUGUGGUAAACAGUGUCUGCAUUGAGUACCCUGAAGAGAAUGAGUACUCUGCUUUGGGCAUAAAUGCCCUUUUUCUGCCAUGUUGUGGGUCAGACUGACCCAACUUGACACUUGAAUGGUUAUAGUUUUACCUAAAACUUCACAUUCAACAAAGUACACAUUUAUUCUACGCAAAAGCAAAAUAACUGAGUUGUAAAGUUUUCAGUAUAUCACCGCUGUAGUUUAAGGUUUGAAUUUUAUUUUGUAUUUACAGUAAGUUAUUUUCUUUGUUUUGUUUUUUUUUUUCUUUUUUUUUUUUUUGACAGAUGUUAAAAAUCACUCAGUGUAUUGUGGUUUCCACAAAUGAAGAGUUUAUUCUAUUUUUUCCCCCCGUUUUAACAGCAUGCGUGCCCUAACCCCUCUGUUUCAUUUUGCACCUUAGCUGAAGAAGCAUGGUGUCAAUGCUUAAGUCAUCUGUAAUUACCAUCUGUAAUUUGCUGAUUUUAUAUUAAUGUCAACAUUGUAAGAUUAUUUUUGAGUGUUAUGUCAUUGCUGAGAAAAUGCAAAAUUUGAAGGACCUGGAUUUGCCACUUGAACUAGAGAUCUUGUUCCUGGUUUAUUCAAAUAUCAUUCAUCCAACCUGUGGCAUAUACGAAGCCCUGAAUCUCUUAAUAAGGGAACAUCUCCCACCUAUCAGGAUACUGGAAAACUCAAGACCGUUUUUAUCUUGUACCCUUCAUCAUCCUGCAUAAUUUCUCUGCUUCUUGGUCCUAAUUGCAUUGUACAAAGUUAUGUUACAUUUUAUUUGGUUUACUUUUUUCCUAGCUCCUAAAGAAAUAAAAAAAAAUAUACAUUUUAAA